GUGACAAAAUACUAAACUUUAAUCUUGUUCUUAACAAUAGUUAAUGACACACACCACAGAAAAUGUGAUGUGAUAUUUAUGGUUUUCAGCGGAUAUAUGGCUCCCGAAUACGCAAUGCGGGGUUACUUAACUGACAAAGCAGACGUUUAUAGCUUUGGAAUUGUUGCUUUGGAAAUUGUAAGUGGGAGGAGUAACACUAGUCAAAAGACAAAGGACCAGUGCUUUUAUCUUAUUGAUUGGGCUCUUGAACUGAAGGAGAAGGGGAAUUUGAUGGAGCUAGUCGAUCCAAGGUUGGGAUCAGAUUUCAACGAAGAAGAGGUGAUUAUGACGAUUAAUGUAGCCCUCCAAUGUGCAAAUGUCUUGCCAGCAGUUAGACCUACCAUGUCUUCAGUGGUUAGCAUGCUUGAAGGCAGAACGUUUAUUCAGGAAAUUGUUUCUGACCCACCCAAGGAAACGAGCCACCACCAACAUGUCCAUGCAACAAGCAUCACUGACAGUCUGGUUCACAAUAUGUCAAACGAUGGACCGUGGACCUCUUCCUCCACAUCUGCUGCUGAUCUCUACCCUAUCAAUUUGGAUUCUGAAUACUGGAAAAACAGGAAUUAGAGAUAUGUUGUAUACAUCAGCAUACAUAUAUUUUUUAAUACUCUGCUACGCAUUGUCUCUCCUUUUUGUUCCUCUCUUAUUUAGUUGGAAUAUCUAUAGACACAUGAUUGCAUAGGCUUCUUAACAAUUGUUGAAAGGUUCUGUAUCAUACUGUAUACAUGUUGUUAGAAAAAAAGUGUUCGAACCGCUAUGGGAAAGUCAGCUGUGUUAUUCUCCGUUACAAUAUCUACAGGAUGCUUUCAUUUUAUUGAAGUAAAGGCAA